AAUAGUUGGGGAAUUAAAAACCUAUUUUCCCGCAGGUGUACCCACCAAUUCAAACAACACGGUUACACGUAAACUCCGAUAAAAAUCCCCAAUUCUCCUCAAAUUAGGGUUUCGAAUCGCUCCUAACACUUUCUACGCAAAUCGGGAAAGUCCUCUCCUUUCGCCACGAAUUUGAUCUCUACGUUUCAGGAACCAAUCGAUUUCCACGCGAUGCCGUCGUUCUCGUCGAUCAUCCCCUUACUUCUCCUAUUACUAUUCUGCUCGAUCCGCAUUCAAGCAGCGGACGAUCUCCCGGAGAAAUCAAGCGGCGACGUAUGCGGCACGGUCUCGGAUCCGGGCGGGUGUCCGAUUAACUGUUUCCGCGCCGAUCCGGUUUGCGGAGCCGAUAAAGUCACGUACUGGUGUGGCUGUCCAGACGCAGCGUGCCAUGGAGCUCGCGUAGUAAAAAAAGGAGCUUGCGACGCGGAUAACGCCGGAAGCGCUUCUGUGCCUGGUCAAGCUUUGUUAUUGAUUCACAUCGUUUGGCUCUUCUUGCUUGGACUCUCUCUUCUCGUCGGCGCUUUCUGAUCCUCAAGAGUUUAACAAAAUUGAUUCCAAUUAGAUUUCAGUGUCUUGUGUUUGAGAUGAUUCAUGUUCUGUUAGAUCACACGAUGAAUUGUUUUUGCCUUUGUGUUUGUAGGAUGUGUAAUGUUGAGUUAGUUUUAUAUUUAAUGGAUUGUUUCUUUUAAAAGGAUGAAUCUUUUUUUGGUUUGGUUUUAUCAUCAGCCAUCAUUGAUAGUAG